CGAAACCGUUAAAUGGCGCCACAUAAUAUGAGAGCGUGCCGAGAAAUUCUUGCGGCGUCUCUUGUAGCCCACGGAGACGUUGACGACCACUGUUUCGUGUUAGUCUGAAUUCAAGAGCCUAACCUGAUGAUUUUUGCGUUAUUCGGAGACGGCGCUUCCGGGCUGAUAUGGACAACCUAGCAACUUCGAAGUGGAAACCGGCGCUCUCUCGACUGAUGGCUAUCCUGAACAACAUUCAAGCACAGGUCGAUGCAGAGCGGCGAUUGGUGGACACUAUGAACGAGUUUUACCGACAGUUCAUCUCUGUACCUAUUACUGCAGAAGAAACAAAAGAAAACCAAGCCAAUACCCCUCAAAUGGACCUAACGCAAGCUAAGCAAAAACUUGGAGACUUCCUGGAGAAAGCUAACACGCUUCUAGCCAAAGCAAGACAGCUGAGGCAUGGAGACAGUGGAGACUGCAGCAGUAAAAAUGAAAGGCAUUCGACGAAAAUGAAAAAUGCCUCCACCAUGGUGUUGAAGAAAAUUGAGGACCGCCAGCCUGAUAAGCCCCAAGUUGCAGCAAAGGCAACUGUACCAAAGCAGACGACGCGUUCACGGAGUCGUUCAGCGGUCACGGUGAGGAAAGUGAGCAUCAUCAGAGAGCAGCCACGCUCGACAUCACAGUCACGAUGCCAGAGACAGCAUCGAGCAUCCAGUCCUUCGAAGAAAAGUGAUAAAGUUGCAUACAGAGAACUGCUAAGCACUCCCGAGGUUCAAGCACAACUGCGCGAGUUCUCCGCGCUAGUUGACGAAGCACGGAAGUGCGCUACGAAGGACACCGAUUGCCCCGAGCGACUACAGUUCCUGUCGGCGUAUGAUGCUGAGGAUACUGCUGCGGACAAUGCUGAAUCAAGUAAAAGUGAAGUGUCCUCGAUGCUGACCUCGCCGGCGUUCCCAUCGCGGGAGGAGUUCCGAAGCGAGUUUCGCACCUACAUUGAGAAGAAAUGUGCUGCCUUGGACAAGUGCAUUCUGGACUUUUGUGCCGAAACUAUUUUGCCACUCCUGGAAAGCACGCCGUGCCCAAACCGGGAAUACGCUGCCGUUGUGCAGACUUUUUACGGGAUCAUCUGUAAUAAGGGACGUCGUUUUCCAGCGUUUGUCGACUGUGAACAAUGACGGUGCUUCCUGUGUUCAUUGCCCGUGCUUCCAAAGUGUUGAACCAGCAGCAUUGAACAGUUCCAUGGAUUUUUUUUUUUUUAGGACUGCAUUUAUUGAUGGUCGAAUCUCUUUUGUAUUAAAGCUGCCAAUAAAUUAAGUGCUCAAAGCGCA